GGGGAAAUCCAAACGGGAAUUCCCUAUCGCACAAGUCCCUUUGUGCGUUGUCUUUGUUAGAUUGAAAAUUUCCAGUUUCUACGUUGGGUGGAAAGUCCAUCGAAACGAAAACAGUAUUCCUUGGGAAUUUAGCCGAAGCGGUACAUAACUUGCGAGAUUUGAAUUGUAUUCUUUAAUUUUGAACAUUCGACUGAGAUAAACAGUUUCUACACAGCUAAACAUGGACGUUAAUGAUCUUGAAGAGGACUGCUGUGCAGGGCCUAUGCCUGCUGACAACUUCCAUAAAUUUGGACCAUCAGACGGGAGAUUGGACAAACUGAAGUCUGAGGAGAGAUUCGAUUCGGACCCUGGUCUCGGAGCCUCCAUUACAUCCCAAGAUAGUGGCUGCCUUACAGACAUUCGAGAUCAAAUUUUGAAACAAUCCCAAAAACGAGAGCCAACGGUAGACGAAUCUGUGGAAAUAGAUGUAAUAGAGUUUUCUGAAAAAUUGACUCUUGGUACUACAUGUACGAAGGAUCAAGACGAAGGAAUAUGCGAUUCCGUACCAGAAACUGAUCUGAAAGGCGAGGAGGAGUCGGAGAAAUUCACGGAUGACGAUUUUUUGAUAUAUGGGAGGGACGCAGAUGGGGACACCCUCCUCCAUCUUGCAAUAAUUUCAGGACAUGUCAUGUUGGCAAAGGUGUUCAUAGAAGUGGCGCCAUGGACUGAGUGCUUAGAUAUUUACAACGACAAGCUCAGGCAAACGCCGUUACAUCUUGCCGUCUUGAUGAAACAGGUCGAGAUUGUCAAACUUUUAUUAGACAAUGGUGCUAAUCCCGAAAUGUUUGACCACAACGGGGACACGGCACUUCAUAUUGCAUGUCGGUCUGGAAACGUUACCAUGGUAAAAGAAAUUCUGAAACACCGAGAAUCGCGAGCUAUUCAAAAUCUCGAUGUAAGGAACUAUGAAGGUUACACUUGUUUGCAUGUAGCCGUUCUUGGGGGAUUCACCAAAAUUGUAGACAUUCUUUUGAAAUCAAGAGCUGAUGUGAACGUCGGUGAUGGAAAAAGUGGCGCGACCGCCCUACAUUUGGCUACUAAAGGCAACAAAAUAGACAUUGUUUCGUCAUUAUUAGAGCAACCCAAAAUCUCCAUAGACAAGAAGAUGUACAAUGGUGUAACUCCCCUAAUGGUAGCAGUUGAGCGCCAGCGCUCCGAUAUUUCAGAACUUCUCGUGAGCCAUAACGCUAACAUUGACUUCCUUGAAUCUCUGACUUCGAGUUCUAGUGAAGAAGAUGAAGAAACAUAAGCUGUUUAUUAGUAUAUAAUAAUAAAAACUUGUUUCUCAGGGAGGUUCUGUGAUGUACAUUUUUUCGUACUUCUGCACCCAGUCAACCCGGCUGUACGCAGCACUGUGAUUGGCUGAGAGUGUAUAUCCGGGGAAUUUGUUAUUUAUCAUAUUUAUCAUGCUUAUUUAACUUAGCUAUUUAAAUGAUCUUUUCGAUCUGCCGUCAAUUCGGUAAGGUCGGAUCGACUUCCGCUAUUAAAGUGUAGUUGACAUUCAAUAGAAAAUGUAGUUGGAAUAAAUUAAUGUCAUUUUG